AGAAUCAAAUUAGAAAAUAUUGUAACAUGAAUUCAUACAAAUUUUAUUGAUUUAUUUUUUUAUUUUAUGAUUUAAAAUAUUUAGUCGGAACUCUUUCUGCCAUGAGGUUAGCAAUAAUAAGAGUGUUUUGCACUAUAAUAUUGAGUUUAGAGAUCUGCGGAGAAAGUAUUACCCGACAUACAAAUGUCAAGUGUGAAGUAUUGGACAAAUCGUUUGCAGAAUUCUCCAUUUGUAAGCUCAAUGUUUUGGGUCGUGGUAUAAUCGCAGAGAACGUGUACAUCAAAAUGCUGAAGCUUCCUAUUCAAAAAAUCAGUGUGAACUUUGCUGUCUAUAAGAAGUUGUCGGGAUACCAUCCGUUUCUAUUCAAUGUCACCGUUGAUUUCUGUCACUAUAUGAAACAUCCCAAUCCAAUGAACAUUUUUCACUACUUCUACACCGCUGUGAAGCCCUAUAGUAAUUUCAAUCAUUCUUGUCCUUAUAACGUAAGUGAACGUAUUUACCAUGAUAUACUUGUAAAGGACUUUGUCUUGACCGAUCAAAUGUUCGCGAAAAUUCCGCUUCCAACGGGAAACUACAUGUUUAGUAUUAAGUUGGCCACCGACAAUGUGUGGAGAGCGGUCCUUAAUACGUAUUUUGACGUUAAUGUGGAAAAGAAGAAUUAAGUUAAAUAAAAUUUAAAGGUUCAAUAAAAGCUUCGUUUAUUUGUUUGUCUUGAGCUAGGAAGAAAUAGACUUAAGUCGAGCAAUGGAAAUAGCAUAAGUUGAUAAAACAAAUGCUGUGCGAAAACUUUGAACAAAAGAUAAGAAUUUAAUUCCUCAUACCACAAACCAAAUAUAUAUAGAUGAAAAUUCGUUUUAAGGGGUGAAAAGUUUGUUUUUCUCCUUGGCAAACUGCAAACGAUUUUUCUAAAACGUUCGGACAGCUCGAGGCAACCGAAGUGCGUAGUUACACUGUUGAACACGUACUAGUUUCAAGCAUUAAAAAGUUAACAAA